UGCAGGGAGAAGACACAGCUACAGACGUAUAUUAGAGUUGAAGUAAGGAGUAGACAUUACUGUAUUUGAGCACAAGUGUGUUAAGAUGUCAGAGGGAGUCUAUGAAAACUCAGAUGGAUUUGAAGACAACAAACCUGAUGCAAUAAACACAGACAUUGAUGACCAAUUAUAUGGCAACGUAGGAGCCUUCAAACCCAGUCGAAGUGAUGGAGAUGUUGCUUCAGUACCUGUGUCCACAGAGCCUGAUAACUCAGGGAAGAGAUCCUCCACAGUUGCUGCAGUGUUUCUGGGGCUGCUGUGUGUUCUCCUACUGGCUGGGAUCAUAGGCCUGUCUGUCUACUAUUAUGGGGUUUAUAAGAGUUCCUUAGCCUACAAAACCAACUCAUCUGCAGAGAGAGACCAGCUACAGACCAGCUACAACAACCUGACUACUGAGAGAGACCAGCUACAGACCAGCUACAACAACCUGACUACUGAGAGAGACCAGCUACAGACCAGCUACAACAAUCUGACAACUGAGAGAGACCAGCUACAGACCAGUUACAACAACCUGGCUAAACAGAUAGAACAGCUACAGACUGAGAGAGAUUUUCUUAGGGGGUGGCUUACCAAUUGCAAACAAACCUGUACUGCUGGCUGGCAGAAGUUUGAAUCCAGAUGGUACUUCCUGUCUACUGAGACUAAAACCUGGAAGGAGAGCAGAGAGGAUUGUCUGGAGAGAGGAGCAGACCUGGUGAUCAUAAAUAGUGAUGAGGAACAGAAAUUUCUCUUCGACCUCAAGAGGAGAGUCUGGAUUGGUCUGACCGAUUCUGUUAUUGAGGGGACCUGGAAAUGGGUGGACGACACCCCACUGACCACAAGGUACUGGUAUGCCAAACAGCCUGAUAAUGCAGGUCCUAAUGGGGACGAGAACUGUGCUGAGAUAGCCAAAGAUCAGAGUCCUCUGAAGGCAUGGAAUGACUUGUCAUGUGACAGCAUAAUCAACUGGGUUUGUGAGAAAGAGUAACAUCACCAUAACAACAUGCUGUAACACAUACAGUAGACUCCAGUGUCUCUCUCUCUCUCUCUCUCUCUCUCUCUCUCUCUCUCUCUCUCUCUCUCUCUCUCUCUCUCUCUCUCUCUCUCUCUCUCUCUCUCUCUCAAACCCAUGCACACAAAUGUUGUAUUUGUUUGUAUUAGUAUAUUAAUAAAUGUACUGCUUAUUUCCUGACAUUAUAGCUUCCUGUUUACCAGAGUCAACAUGAAGUUAGUAAACAUGACUUUGUUCACAAUGUAUGCGGUGCAUUUGGUCAAUUCCAAUUAAAUACAUUCUUCUUACUUGCUACAGAUAUUUACAAUCUCCAAUUUAGGCCUGGUGAUGACAUUCUCAACAGUACCAAACCACCUUUACAUACACUGUACAGGAGGUGACUGUAUCACCAAUCAAUGGGUGUAGUAGAGAUUUCAAAGGGUAUCAAACGAUGUAAAUGAAUCAUCUUUGACAGUCAGUCUUUGUUGUCAAGUUAAAUAUCAAAUGCUCAUAUUUGACUGUUGUUCCCCUAUAUGAGUCCCAAAAGAGGAGAGUGAAGUUGAUAUUUUCAGUAGUUCAACCAGCUGUCACUCAAACGCCUCAACCAAUUAGGUUCAUAACGAGAGAGGAGAGCUAUGGUGGUUUCAUGUAGUCACCUCAUCUUCACUGGUUAAGACUACCCACCCUCAAUAUCCACUUGGAGCAGUUUGUAGUGUCACAUCUAUAGUCUGGACAUUCUAAUGACCCAUUAUUAUAGUCCUGGACAUACUGAACAUGUUGAUGUAUAUUUGGGGGUAAACAAAGAUGCCCAGGGUCCCUGCUCAUCUGUGUGAACGUGCCUCAGGCAUGCUGCAAGGAGGCAUGAAGACUGCGGAUGUGGCCAGGGCCAUACAUUGCAAUAUCCGUACUGUGAGAUGCCUAAGACAGCGCUACAGGGAGACAGGAUGGACAGCUGAUCGUCCUCGCAGUGGAAGACCACGUGUAACAACACCAGCACAGGAUCGGUACAUCCGAAAAUCACACCUGCGUGACAGGUGCAGGAUGGCAACAAGAACUGCCCGAGUAACACCAGGAACGCACAAUCUCUCCAUAAGUGCUCAGACUGUCCGCAAUAGGCUAUGAGAGACUGGACUGAGGGCUUGUAGGCCUAUUGUAAAGGCAGGUCCUCACCAGACAUCACCAGCAACAACAUCGCCUAUGGGCACAAACCCACCAUCGCUGGACCAGACAGGACUGUCAAAAAGUGCUCUUCAUUGACGAGUCUCACCAGGGGUGAUGGUCGGAUUCGCGGUUAUAGUCGAAGGAAUGAGCAUUACACCGAGGCCUGUACUCUGGAGCGGGAUCGAUUUGGAGGUGAAUGGUCCAUCAUGGUCUGGGGCGGUGUGUCACAGCAUCAUCGGACUGAGGUUGUUGUCAUUGCAGGCAAUCUCAACGCUGUGCGUUACAGGGAAGACAUCCUUCUCCCUCAUGUGAUACCCUUCCUGCAGGCUCAUCCUGUCAUGACCCUCCAACAUGACAAUGCCAGCAGCCAUACUGCUCUUUCUGUGCGUGACUUCCUGCAAGACAGCAAUGCCAGUGUUCUGCCAUGGCCAGCGAAGAGCCCGUAUUCCAAUCCUAUUGAGCACAUCUGGGACCUGUUGGAUCGGAGGGUGAGGGCCAUUCCCCCCGGAAAUGUCAGGGAAUUUGCAGGUGUCUUGGUGGAUGAGUGGGGUAACAUCUCACAGCAAGAACUGGCAAUUAUGGUCCAGUCAAUGAGGAAGAGUUGCACUGCAGUACUUAAUGCAGCUGGUGGCCACACCAGACACUGACUGUUACUUUUGAUUUUGAACCCCCCUUUGUUCAGGGACACAUUAUUCCAUUUAUGUUAGUCACAUGUCUGUGGAACUUGUUCAGCUUAUGUCUCAGUUGUUGAAUCUUGUUAUGUUCAUACAAAUAUUUACACAUGUUUAGAUUGCUGAAAAUAUACACAGUUGACAGUGAGAAGAUGUUUCUAUUUUUUGCUGAGUUUAUGUUAACUGUCACGACUUCUGCCGAAGUCGAAGCCUCUCCUUGUUCGGGCGGUGCUCGGCAGUCGACGUCACCGGUCUUCUAGCCAUCAUUGAUCCAUUUUUCAUUUUCCAUUGGUUUUGUCUUGUCUUCCUACACACCCGUUUUCAAUCCCAUUCCUUUCCUGUUGUGUAUUUAACCCUCUGUUUCCCCUCAUGUCUUUGUCAGAGAUUGUUUGUAUGUCAGUGUAUAUAUUAUUUGUAUUGGUGUGCGACGGGUCCUCGUACCCAUUGUUGUUAUUUGUUACAUUUAGUGUUUGGAGUAUGUUUCGUUCAUUGUUAUUAAAUAACACCAUUACACUCA